ACAUUUAAUAAAGCGGAAGUUUUUUUUAACAAUAUAUCAACAUUUUUUUUCUACAUAAAACACAUAUUUAGAUAAAUUAUAUUAAAAUAAAAUUUUCAUAAUUAAGUGCAAUAUAAAAUAAAUUUAAAAAAUAAUACUAUAUUUAUUUCUAUACAAAAUAAAUAACUGUUUUAAACCAAACUCUAACAUAAAUAAUAAAUUUGAAAAGAAAUUUUCCAUCGUCUACUUCGGUCGGUAUCUGUAGACAAUAAUCGUUUUAAUUAAAAAAAAAAAGGAAAAAACUGAAGCAAAAUUAAAACAUAUUUUGUUUGGUAACAUAAUUUAAAUAAAUUAUUAUAUAAUACGCCAGCAACAAAAAAUCGUAUGAUUAUUAAUAGAAGUUCAAUUAUAAUAAUAAUCAGAAGAAAAAAACAAAGAAAAAAUCUUAUUAACACAGAUAUACGGUGGGAUUAUGUGCGAUAAAUCAAUAACUACAUGGAAGAUGUGUUUCAAACACAAUUUUCAUAUCGCAUUAAAAGGAAUAUAAGACAAAAAACUGUCGUUUUAUAUACAAAAAAUUAUACAUAUAUAUGUAUAGGUAUAUACUUAAGUACAUAUGUAUGUGUAGUUAUAUACACAUUAAUAUAUAUACAUAUAUGUAUGUACUUACAUACAAAACCAAACAGCUAAAGCAAAUGUCAAAUCAACAGUGUUAAUUUUUAUACCAACUACUAAGCAAAGUCAAUCCGCAAUUUUGCACAACCAAACCAACUAACUAACUCAUCCCAUCCCAUCCUAUACCUACCUGGUGGGUUGUUCUGCCAUCUAUCUCUUUGGUUGUCUGUUUGCUGUAAUAACUUCAUAUAACUCAUUCAUUUAUUUAGACAGUCAGUCAACUAUGGCCACUGCCAAUCCUAUAAGUAGUAGUUGCCAAAGCAUUGCCACCGUUAGUUUGGGUAAUGUUGCGGUUGCAACUAGUGCUACAGGCGGAAGUUUACGUACGGGCAAUGGUAACGGAAAUACCACCCAUUAUGUCAUGGGCACCGGCAGUCUGGGACGUUUAAAAUAUCACAACAAACACAAAAGUCUAGACGCCAGUGAUGAAGAGUUGGAAUAUUCCCAGUUAUCACAGUCGACCCAUAUCUUGGGAAGAGUCAAGUCCGAACGCUUUUUAGCCUCUAAGGUAGAUGAAGAUCGCCGUAGACGUACCAUCAUAGUGGAAAAGAAAAACGAUUCUUUCGGCUUUACACUGCAGAGUUAUGGUAUUCACUAUAAAAAAGAUCAAGAAGUGGAAAUGAUCACCUAUGUGGAUUAUGUGGAAUAUGAUGGACCCGCUUAUAGGGCUGGCAUGAGAGAAGGUGAUGUUAUACUCUCAAUUAAUGGACGAGAUAUGGAGAAAGCCGAUCAUAAAACAUUGGUGGACUACAUUAAAAGUUGUGAUACACGCAUGAGAAUGGUUGUGCUUUUUGAGGACUGUGUACGCAAGGUUGAACUGCAUAUGCGUUAUAUACAAUUGCAAAAUAUGUUGCAAAACAAAAUGAAUGAAUUGGAAAAGAUUUGCAUAAGAGAAAGAGAGCUUUUGGAAGGCAAGUGGAAGACACACAGUUUGCCAGCGCGUAAAAAGGCCACCACUUCGCCUACCGAUGGUACAGAUACAGGAAAUUCUCCCACAGAUGCUGAACUUAAUUUACCCUAUUACCGUUCAACACUCUCCACCGAAGACGUAACAAAUAUAGCACGUCAAACACAGCAGACAAUAAUACCACCACCAGCUCAGUUUAUGCUGUCGUAUCACUAUUUCGAUCCCCACUAUCGUUAUGUGAUGAAACCUUCCACUUCGACCAAUAGCAGCGGAGAUUGUUUUGUAACAAUCGGUGAACCUUUGACGAGGGCAGAAUCGGGAGAUACUACAACUGCUCCAGCCACUUCAACCCACUUUACCAGUCAAAGACGUGCCAGUAGUUCGCAGCCACCAGCUCCACCACCAAGAACUUGCGAGAAACACAAACCACCAAACAAACAGCAGCAACAACAACAACAACAACACCAACCGCAGCAGCAGACUCAACAGCAGCAAACACAAAAACAGGAUUUAAAUAGUACGCACAAAUCAUCUAAAACCGGCAAGCAUUGUCAUGGUCAUUCCUGUAAUCCUUGCAUAGACUUUAGAUGGAAAUCAGCUGAAAAAUCAGCAGCAGCUGCUGCUGCUGCAGCCGCCGCUGGUAAUGGUGAUAAUGUUAGUUUGGAUGCCUAUGAUCUAGCCAGUCCAUGUUGCGAUACUCAUUGUGUGCCAUCACGGCGACGUACUCGCCAUCAUCACAAAGAGCAUACACACAAACAUAAACAUCGUGAUCGUGAUCGAGAACACGAAGCCAAAGAAAGACCACCACGGCCAAAGUCUCAGAGUCAUGUAACUACGGGAGCAACAAGACAUCAUCAUCACCAUCAUGCCGCACAAGAUGCUGGUCAACAUCAACAUCACUACUAUGAACAUCAGCAACAGCAGCAGCAACAACAACAGCAAUCACAGCAUCAUCACCAUCAAAAAUCUCAUGGCUGUGAUUCUCAUACUGGUAGUAUACGAUCCCGCUACUUUGAUAUUGCCUCGGGAUUAGCUAGUCGCUGUAGUUUGCAUUCAUGUACAUCAAGCGAAUUUGCACCAGCUGAUUCAGCUUCAUAUACCACUUCGAUUAGUACUGAUACUCUUUUCUAUGAUCCGAAUAGUGAAAAUCCAGCAACUUCUCGUCAACAUUCCACCAAAUCAAGGCAAUCCUGUCAACAACAACAGCAGUCACAGCAACAACAGGCUCAGCAGCAGCAACAACAACAAACUUAUCAUCAUUCUCACCAUCAGCAUCAACAUCAUCAACAACAGCCAACUCAACAACAACAACAGCAAUAUAUGCAACAAGCCAUGUAUCAGCAACGUUAUCAUAUUACCGCAACCCAGGUACAACCAGCUCAAAUUUAUCCCAACUCUGCUUAUGUGCACAAACCAAAGUCUUGGGAUAACCUCACAGCAGCCAAUAUAGGAGCCUAUGGCUAUGGUUAUGGCUAUUUGGAUACGGUGGCCAUGAAACCGGUGGUAAAUUUACAAAUAGCUCAACAACGUCAUUCCAUACCACGCAAAAAUCCCUAUGGACGCUAUUCAACUUAUACCGAUGUUGAGAACUAUGCGCCACCACCAACGGAAUUCGUCGAACAAGUCACAACUACAACCACCACUAUAACGGCCAAAUCCACAGAGGAACUUAUAGCCACCUCUCAGAGUGGUUGUGAUUGCAUGACACCCAAACAACAUCAACAGGCCAUCAAACUUGCUCAACUACAACUCAGUCAAAAUCAACAAGUUUCCCAGCACAAUAACUGUCAAAUGGGUUACUAUUCCCAUCUGGCUCAACCGAAAAUGGAUGCCACCACUUCAACAUCGGCACCAAAUGCCCCUAACAAUGUCAGCAGUGUUGCGGCUAAUGUCUCGUCCAAUGCAAAUUCUAAUGUUGGCACAAGUUCCACUGUCAAUGCUAGUGGUGGCCCGAAUGUAUCAACUGUUACCGAAGUAACACGUUUGUAGGUAACGCUUGUUUAGACCAGUAACUGCCAUUGGUCUAAAUGACAAUACAAUAUAUGAAUACGAACAUUAUGAGCAGUGCAUUUACACACAUUAACAAUGAUCUCAAAUAUUACUAAAAAAACAAAUGAUUAGCCAAAGAAUUUAUGACAAAAACUCUCAAAAUAGAGAGUCUAUGCUUAAAUAAUAAUUAUGUGGAAAGCACAUUUAGGUAUUUAAUUUUUAGAAACAGUUAUUUUAAUUCAAUUAUAUUCAAAAAUCCGCAAGCUACAGUUAUUCUAUAACAUUCUUAAUCAAAAGUAAAUCUUACAACACAUUUCCCCAUUUCUCUAAACGUCUUUUAGGAUUUUUGUAGAAAUUAUUUUGACAUUACAACAACUGUAGAUUCCUGAUAACUAGAUCUCGGUUAACUAUAUAUUUUGUUUUUAGUCAAUAGCCCGGAUAGAGUAGUCUAUAACUCUAAAGUCGGUAAUAUAGUCUAAUCUAUAGCUCGAUCUAUAGUCUGGUAUAAAGUUUGGACUAUAGUCUGAUCUACAUUAUUGGCUAAAGACUGGACCAUAGUCUAAGCUAUAUUCUUGCCCAUAGACUGCACCAUAGUCUGAUCUACAGUCAGUUCAAUAGCCUGGACUAUAUCUGAUCAAAAAUCUGGUCUAUAGUCCGGUCUCUUGAAUAGUAUUAUGUCUGGUGUAUUGUCUGGUCUAAAGUCUGCUGUUUAGUCAGACUUAAACUAGUGAAGGGUCUGGACUAAAUCUGGUCGAGAGUCUGGUCUUUAGUUAGACUUGAUAUGGUCAAGGGUUUUGGGCUCUUUGGGUUUGGGCCUGGUCUAUUGUAUGGUAUUAUGGCUGGUGUAUUUUCUGGUCUAUAGUCUGCUGUUUAGUCAGAACUAAAUCUAGUCAAGAGUCUGGACUAAAUCUGGCCAAGGGUUUGGACUAAAUCUGGUCAAGAGUCUGGUCUUUAGUUAGAUUUAAUCUGGUCAAAGGUCUGGAAUAAAACUGGUCAAUAAUCUGGACUACAUAUAUUUGAUCAAGAAUCUGGUCUAUAGUCUGACCUAUGUUUGGUAUUAUGUCUGAUGUAUUUUCAGGUCUAAAGUCUGGUUAUAGACUGCUUUUUAGUUAGAACUAAACUAGUCAAGAGUUUGGACUAAAUCUGGUCUAAAUCUUAGUCUAAUCUGUAGUUUGCAGUUUCGUCAAAACUAAAUAUAUUCGAGGAUCUAGAGUAAAUCUAGUCAAGGGUUUUGUCUUUAGUUCGACUUAAUGUAGUCAAGAGUCUGAGCCAUACACUGGAUUAUAGUUUUUUUUUGCCUAUAGUCUGUACUAUAGUGAGUACUAAAUAUGGUCAAGAGUCUGGACUACAUUUUUGUAUAUAAUCUGAUCUACAGUUGAGAACAUAGUCUAUAUAUAUAGAAUAGUUUAAAGUCUAGAUAAUGGUCCACUCUAUAGUCUUGUCGAAAAUUUAAUCGAUAGUCUGGUCGGUAGUCUAUUCAAUAUAGUGAUAUAUAGUCUA